UAGUCAGACACUGAAGGAAAUAUUUGAAGCAAGGAUUGGGUAGAAUUUUUGUUUUUUUAUGUUGUCUUUUAAUGAUUUCUCUUUGUUGCUGUAUCGCAGAUGCCGGAAAAAGGAGCAAUUUCCGUCUCCAGCCCAGUGGUUUUCCGGCCAAACUCAUGGUUUCCGAUUCGUUUCCCGAUACUAACAGCGGCUGCUUUCCUGGGAAUGCUGUUUAUUUGGAGCAUCGAUGCAUCCACUAUCAAAUACAGCUUCAAGGCAUGGCGGAACCGGAGAGAUUAUUUGGCUCUCAAGCUUCAAAGCUCCGUUAACCUGACCGACUACACCUUCCACAGUCCAGUCAAUGUGACAAAGAACCAACAAAAGAGUUUGAACAGAGCACCGAGAAUGCCUACUCUUGGUUGGAUUUCCGUCAAAUUGGAGCCAAACUUCACAUCGAAUCUGCUAUCUAGAUGGUUAGCUCCGGGUGGUGAACCCUGUCGUGAUUCCAUGACGGAGGACAUCAGAAUCCCAGGUCUAGAUGACAGGAACCCAGUUACACUCUCUGCCGGAGACAUUCACAGAUUCGUUAUUCAGGCCGUCGAUGGGAGGGGAAAUCCACGCUGCUUGGGUGGGGAUUACUUUGAGACCGACCUCUCCGGCGAGCUCUGGAAAUCUCGACCGCCUUUGAAGGACCUUGGCAAUGGCUCUUAUUCUAUGUCCCUUCAAGUUCACCCUAACUUCUCCGGUGAGUAUAACCUAACCGUUGUCCUCCUAUUCCGACACUUUGAGGGUCUGAAAUUCUCGCCGGAACGGUUCGCCUACCAGAGAGAGCUCCGCCGAAUUCCUAUCAGGUUCUUCAGAAGCAAUGUCAAACUGCCUGAACUAAAAAUCUGUGAGAAAUCUGACUUCGCCAGGGACAUCUGGUCCGGGAGGUGGACUCGACUCGCGAAGAAUGAAGAUUGCGAGAUAAGCGACGAUGGUCGGUAUCGGUGCCUGAAACCCGAUUUCCCAUGCCAGAAGCCCUGGUGUGAGGGUUCUUUAGGUUCGCUAGAGAGCAAUGGUUGGGUUUAUUCGAGCCACUGCUCGUUUCGGAUAUUCUCUGCAGACCUGGCAUGGGAAUGCCUGCAGAAACGAUGGAUAUUCUUCUGGGGCGACUCCAACCAUGUGGACACGAUACGAAACCUUCUGAAUUUUAUACUGGACUUGCCCGAAAUCAAAACGAUCCCGAGACGAUUCGAUAACAACUUCACGAACCCAAGGAACACGAGUCAGACGGUUCGAAUCACUAGCAUCUUCAACGGGCAUUGGAACGAAACUCAGAAUUACGAGGGUUUGGAUUCCCUCCGAGACGAAGGGUUCCGAAAUCUAGUGAAGCAGUACUUCAUCUCCGAAGAAAGGGUACCUGACACAGUAAUCUUUAACUCCGGACUCCACGACGGUGUCCACUUCAAGAACAUAAGACAGUUCUCGGUGGGAGCGGAGCAGGCGGCGAUCUUCUGGAAAGAAGUGUUGGAAGGGGUGAGUCGGAGGGGGAAACGGUUGCCGGAAGUGUUGUAUCGAUCGACGAUCGCCACCGGUGGAUAUGCGAGGAGGUUAAUGUUUAAUCCCAAUAAGAUGGAGGCGUUCAAUGGAGUGUUGUUGGAGAAGAUGAAGCGCGUGGGGAUCGUGUCAGGGGUGAUCGACGAUUUCGAUAUGACGUACGCGUGGCACUACGAUAACCGUUGCAAUGACGGAGUGCAUUACGGUAAGGCUCCCUUGAAGGCUAAGUGGAGGGACGGUGAGGUAGGGCAUCAUUAUUUUGUUGAUCUAAUGUUAGGCCAUGUCAUACUCAACACUCUCUGUGCGCCAUCACAACACAGCAUCACUUAAAAAUAGUUGAUUCUUGGUGGGAAAGUCUGGAGGAUCAGUGGACGAGAGAAGAUGGGUGGCCAAAUAACAU